CGAAGAAUAUUUCGCCCCCAACCUGGAUCCUUCGGACUGCGAGGUUACGGACAAGCAGUGUUGCGACUCAGAGCAUAUAAAGGUUCCGAAUGGUCUUUCUCUGGAGGACGGUUCCCCCGUCUAUGGUCAGGCACAGAAGCAGCACGGAGAAGAGAACUGAUCGGCGAUGGCUCCAACUCUAUCCGUUGUGAUCCUGACUGCUGUUUUCGCCCCAGCAAUCGGCAAUGUCCUUGCUCGGGCGCAACUAGCCCAAGGGUGCACCGCCAACUCAUUCACAGCACCGAGCUGGCUUGUUGAAAACUUUGUAUCUCAGGCGUCGGGGAGCAGUGUGGUUGCCUCGUUCCAUGCGCUCAACCGAGCCACCAACACGUCGCUGGAACUGAGAUGCCAAACUUCCCUGGCUAACGCGACAGCAGGAUGGCAAAGCUGCUCUUCCGGUAACGGCACCGGUUCGGGUGUAACCUUGAUGGCUUCUUUCCAAACCGACCAGUCGACAGCUUGGUUCGUGUUCAACGAGACUUGGAGCUGCAGCGAUUUUACUCCAGCCAACCCCAUUACGUUCACCGCGGUUGGCAACUCCUCCGUACCCCUGAGCUGCACGACUCAAAGCCAGACAACGACCUGCAGAUCCAGCAAACCCUUGCUCAUCAAAGCCGGCCUGCUCUCGCCCGUCAAGAUCACCCCGGCGUACGUUAGUGGACCGCCCGGGCACGACACUGAGCGCUGCACGGCCCGGUCGGGAACACCGGCAUGGGAGGUGGUAGCCGCCCAGGUCAACUUUGCGUCCACCUCCGGUGCCUGGGUCAUCAUUAGAAACGACGUUCUGGACUACACUGCCACGUGCUACGGACCACUCACUGGCGACGAGGGGCCCCAGCCAUUGACUUGCCAGGGCCAGGCCCCCAUCUAUGGCCGCCCACCUAAAUACCAGAUCAACACCGCGGCCACGUUUCAGGUCAGAAGUUUCGCGCUCACCGUCAACCAGACCUGGUUCUGUGACGACCAGGACCCGGCACAGCCCAUCUCCAUCACCGCCUCCGGUCGGACUAUUCUCGACCUCGCAUGCAGCCACUUCAGCUUCCCCGAUAUCGUGACCUUCUGCACCGGCGGUACAGACGGCACCUUCCCGGGCAGUAUCACGUCGCAAGCUCUGCUGCAGCCCUAUUCGCUGAACGACCCGCUCCCGACGGCCGACAGCUGCACUAUCUCGUCCGUCCUAUCGCCGGCCUGGUGGCUCAACAACUUCGAGACUGAGACCACGACCGGCAACAGCGACGUCGUCACAGCCCUCUUCGACAUGGAGCUCCAGACCGGCCGCUCGCAGGUGCAGCCGACGGGGAGCGGUGCCACCCUCAUUGCUGACGGGGUACGCGUCUCGACAAACUCGUCGUCUUCGGAGCUGCCGUGGAAUAAGUGCGAGCUCUACGCGGUGAGCGAUACGGCGCUGGCUCCGACGGGGUGUGAGAUAAAGUAUGACAUGGCGAGUCGGUUCUUGGGUUUGAAAGUUGAUUGGCGGUGCGCGGAUUUGGACCCAGGGAGCCCGAUAACCUUCAACGGAGAGGUGCGGACCCAGGUGCCGGACUACACCUGUGUUACUUCGGGCACGAACAUACGGUGUGCUUCGCCUGAUCCGAAGCCGUGGAGAGCCAAUGUCACGUCGGUGACGUGGCGGUAGCGGGUAUUGGUACUGGCUACAGGAGAAAGAAGACGGCGUUUGAGGGAAGCAGUAUCAGUUGACACCAAGGGGCAAUGUCAACUGGGGCUGGUUGUUCACACGAACAUACAGUUGAUACGCAGGAAUCGAACUUAGAAAGUAAUCUUUA